GUCACUUCUGACAGCGACGUCGAAGUGUUUUAUUUGAACAUCUGAUCCUCGGCAGAGCGCAAACAGAGGAGUUACUAAAGUCCCCGACAUGCCUCAGCGAUGGUGACUUUACGCACGGGAUUUGAAGGCUGUUUGAACUGACUCCUCUUGUUUGGUCUCAGCGCUGAAAGUCUUUAUCAUCGCCCUGAACUAUCUGCAAGUUUGCAAGAAGCUCGCAGCGAAGCGAAGUGCCUAAUAAGUGACUACAGAAUGAUGUCUUCCAUGCGAGCAACGCCUCCCUUUCACCCACCAUCUGAGGAAGAGGAAGCGAUAGGUCACGACAGCGCGGCCUGGGCCAACGAUGAGCGAGAGGGUCCAAAGGAGUCGAAGGCAUCGCCGUCCCCUUCUCAUGACCAACCCCACCCUGACGAGGCGCAGCCAAUAAGAGAGAAGCAGACAGAUGCUGAGUGGGAGAAUGUCGGGCCUGCUGCGAUGGACAAUGAAAGCAGUAAGGGCUGCUCAAUCUACUCCUACCGUACUAACUCUACCUCUCCACCCAAGCCAGAGGAGUGUUCCAGGGAUCGCGGGGAACCGAUGAUCGGCCUCGCUUUCGGUACGCCGGAACGCCGCAAAGGAAGCCUGGCAGAUGUGGUGGACACACUGAAACAGAAGAAGCUCGUGGAGCUGACCAAGACAGAACAAGACGAACCGUCCUGCAUGGAGAGACUCCUCUCUAAGGACUGGAAGGAGCGUGUUGACCGCUUGAAUGCUAACGAAUUGCUGGGUGAGGUCAAAGGUACGCCAGAGUCGCUGGAGGAGAAGGAGCGCCAACUUUCCACCAUGAUUGGUCAGCUGAUCAGUCUGAGGGAGCAGCUCCUCUCUGCCCACGACGAGCAGAAGAAAAUGGCCGCCUCACAGAUGGAGAAGCAGAGACAACAGAUGGAAUUGGCCAGGCAGCAGCAAGAGCAGAUUGCCAGACAACAGCAGCAGCUCCUGCAGCAGCAGCACAAGAUUAACAUUCUCCAACAACAGAUCCAGGUCCAGGGUCACAUGCCCCCUCUGAUGAUCCCAGUGUUUCCUCACGACCAGCGAUCUCUGGCUGCUGCCGCCGCUGCACAGCAAGGCUUCCUCUUCCCACCAGGCAUGUCCUAUAAGCCAGGUGAGAAUUACCCCAUGCAGUUCAUUCCAUCGACAAUGGCAGCUGCAGCGGCGUCUGGACUCAGCCCGUUACAACUACAGCAGUUGUAUGCUGCCCAGCUGGCAAGCAUGCAGAUCUCACCAGGAGCCAAGAUGGCUCCCCUCCAGCAGGCUCCCAACUCCUCCGGUCCCCUUUCCCCCUCUGCCCUGAAGAGUGAGAAGAGAUCAUCCAGUCCUGUCACUCAUAUUAAGGAGGAAGGAUCCAUACAGCCAUUAAACCUCUCAGCCAGACCCAAGACAGCUGAGCCUCUCCGCUCCCCGACAUCCCCGACACAUAGUCUGUUCUCCGGAAACAAGACCAGCCCUACUGGCCUGGGCAAGGGCCGCAUCCCCAGCCCGAUCUCUACCAUGGGCAGGAACACCUCCCUGGACAUCCUCUCCAGCCUGAACUCCACAGCGCUGUUCGGGGACCAGGACGCCGUGAUGAAGGCCAUCCAGGAGGCCAGGAGCAUGAGGGAGCAGAUCCAGAGGGAGCAGCUCCACCAACAGCAGCAGCAGCAGCAGCCGGGACACCAUAGCCUGGAGGCCAAACUGUCCGCCCUCAGCAGCAUGAGCCUCAACAACGGCAACAAGGAGCGGCUGCACUAUGAGACGCUGAGCCAGCACCUGGGGAAGCUCGGGGAGGAUGCUGGGAAGAUGGUCCAUCGAGUAAUUGACCUGACGAGACCAGAAGAUCUGGAUGGCAACAAUAUAACCGAGGCACGAGUGUUCAGGGAGGCGCGGGGCAGAAACAACAACGAGCCGCACAUCAAGAGGCCCAUGAACGCCUUCAUGGUGUGGGCCAAAGACGAGAGGAGGAAGAUCCUGCAGACCUUCCCUGACAUGCACAAUUCCAACAUCAGCAAGAUCCUAGGCUCACGUUGGAAAGCCAUGACCAACCAGGAGAAGCAGCCAUACUAUGAGGAGCAGGCCCGCUUAAGCAAGAUCCAUUUGGAGAAGUAUCCCAACUACAAGUACAAGCCGCGGCCCAAGAGAACCUGCAUCAUCGACGGCAAGAAGCUGCGCAUUGGGGAGUACAAGCAGAUGAUGCGGUCACGGCGUCAGGAGAUGAGGCAGUUCUUUGUGGGGCCUCAGCCCCCGAUUCCUCUUGGCAACAGUGCAGGUGGCGUAGGAGUCUACCCGGGCGCCAUAACCAUGGCAACAACAGCCACGCCGUCCCCACACCUGACCUCAGACUGCUCCAGCAACUCAGCCAGCCCUGAGCCAGCCAUCCCCGUCAUUCAGAGCACGUAUGGGAUGAAGUCUGAGCCCGGCGGCUGCGUAGGUGGCAAUGGCGGUGGGGUCAGCGCCUUGGAUAUGCCCAGCGACCCCACUAACGGAGACGACGACAUGGACAUGUACGAGGAUUUUGAGGAUGAGCCCAAGUCAGACUAUAGCAGCGACCACGAGACACGGGAGGCCGUCAGUGCCAACUGAGGGCUCUCAGGGUGUCAGUUGUAAAAAAUUGAAAAAUAAAAAACCUCCCGUUAUACUCAGAGACACUUUUUAAGAACACAGUUUAUUACAGAGACCUUCAGGCAUACUUUCUGGACAUGCUGCGUGAUGCACUGAGCAUGCCCAGACAGGAUUCAAACUCAGUGGACAUGCUCAGAGAGAGUUUUUGAACAGUAUGUUGACGGACGUCCAUUUGAAGAAGAGGGCUGAUGGGAAAAUCUGACCCAGGAACGCAACCUGAACAGACAUUUACAGAGGACAUCCAGCAAACUAUGAACUUAAGUUUCCGACACUUUGACAAUCUUAACAGGAGCGAAUAAGAGAUAGAGGAGAGAGAGAGAGAGAGAAUGAGAGAAUGGGACAAAGAACAAAUGAGCGACGAACACAUUGCUGUGUGGUUUGUAAAGAGCAUGCAUGGAUUUUGAAGCAUCAGGAAUUGGUCUUCAACAGCUAUUUGGUCUUAAAUGUUUAAGGAGUGAUCUAGUUUUUAUCAUGUAUUUACUUUUUUGUGUUUUUUGUCUUUUUUUUUGUUUUUGUUCUAUAGACUUUUUCUGACAGGUCACUGCCUGUACAAACUCUGGACUGUCAGAACUUGAAAUUUGAGAAGUUUUAAUAUAAAUCCUAGCUCUUGUAAUCUUAUAGUCUUACUUUCGUUUCUUACGAGUACAGUGCAUCUACAUCUUUUUUUUCUGACAAACUGCUUACAUUACAUUACUGUUAGAUUUUUUUUUUAAUAUCCCAGCUCAGGUAUGAUGUGCCAGCUUGUGAAUGUGUUUUUGUUUUUGUUUUUGUUUGUUUUCAUACAAAAAAAGAGUGGUAGGACUUUUCAGACUGUCAAUGAAAUAAAGGGAGGUAUAUCCCUUAUAUCACAAUAUUAUUAUAUUAUUAUUAUUAUUAUUAUGAUUAUUAUUAUUAUUAUUAUUAUUAUUACAAAUUUUUCAAAUGUGCCAAACCUACAUUCACAUUCACUUGGGAUGUUGUAGUCUUAACUUCCAAUGCUGCAAAAAGUCUUACACAAUCAGCUUUUUCUAUCUGAUGAGAUGAGUUCCUACUCGCUAUCUGCAGGCUCCCCACCUGGCUCAAUCACAGGCAGAGCUCAGAGAGGAUGU